UCAUUGAAGUGGAGAAGAAAUCAGUUUGAUUUCAAUUGAAGAUCAUCAAAGAGAAAUUACAGAAUCACUGAUCAAACUCUGUAAAGAAAUGGAGAAAUACGAAAAAAUGGAGAAAGUAGGAGAAGGUACAUACGGUAAGGUAUACAAAGCAAGAGACAAAGUUACAGGUCAAUUAGUAGCUUUGAAGAAGACGCGAUUGGAGAUAGACGAAGAAGGAAUUCCAUCGACUUCUCUAAGGGAAGUAUCUUUACUCCAAUUGCUUUCCAAUUGUCUGUACAUCGUUCGUCUUCUCUGCGUUGAAUACGUUACUAGUAAACAAGGAAAAUCAAUUCUAUAUCUUGUAUUUGAAUAUCUAGAUACAGAUCUCAAGAAAUUCAUUGAUACUUAUCGUAAAUCACCAAAUUCUAGACCACUUCCUUCUUCUAUAAUUAAGAGUUUCCUUUAUCAACUUUGUAAAGGCAUCACUCAUUGUCACAGUCACGGCGUUAUUCACAGAGAUUUGAAGCCUCAGAAUCUUUUGAUUGAUCGUGAGAAAGGUAUACUUAAAGUUGCGGAUUUAGGUCUUGGUAGGGCUUUUACUAUACCUAUGAAAAGCUACACGCAUGAGAUUGUUACGCUUUGGUAUAGAGCUCCAGAGGUUCUAUUAGGUACAACUCAUUAUGCUCUUGGUGUAGAUGUGUGGUCUAUUGGGUGCAUUUUUGCCGAGAUGGCUAGGAGACAACCUUUGUUUCCGGGAGAUUCAGAGUAUCAGCAGUUGAUUCAUAUCUUUAGGCUACUUGGGACUCCCACUGAGAAAACUUGUCCAGGAGUUACCUCUUUGCGUGAUUGGCAUGUGUAUCCUCAAUGGGAACCUCAGAGCUUGGCAGACGCUGUUCCCCAUCUCGAUGCUCAAGGAGUUGAUCUUCUAUCGAAAAUGCUCAAGUAUGAUCAAGCUGAUAGAAUCUCAGCAAAGGCAGCUCUAAGCCAUCCUUAUUUCGACACUCUGGACAAGUCACAAUUCUGAUGAACCGGAUUUGUCUAAGAAAUGGCGUUUCAUUUCAGUUGCAGCAUCAAUAUAUUCUUUGGACAUGUCGAUUUGAUUAAAUCAUUUGUUGUUUGUUAUCAACUUGGUGAUUCCAGUUGGUAUUUUUUGUUCUUUAGACACAAUUUCUUUUUAGAACACUUUUCAGAUUCAUUUUUUUGUUGAAGAAAACAACAUUUGUAGACUAUUUGUGAUAUGAUUCAUUUUUCUUUCAGGGUGUUUAAUUGAUUUGGCUUGACAUUGAA